CGUUCAGAUUUGUUCCCGCCAGAAAACCGGUGUUGACCGGUAUUUAUGUUUCACAAAAUUUAGAUUUGUACGGCUGCAUUGUAUAUCUAAUUAUAGUGCUUUGUUUAUUAUAAUUUAUUUUUAUAUAACGUCGUUCUUAACGUGAAAAGAUGUCCGAAGAUAAAACAACAGAAGAUAUGUGGACUCCAUAUAAAGAACUUCAAAGUCUUGUUGAGAAAUAUUUAAUAUCAGUUCCUGAUAUUCAAGACCCACAGUAUCAUGAAUUAACAGAAGCAUUGAGAAAUCAUAGACAAAAUUUUCUUACCAUCUUAAAGAAUCCACCAAAAAAUAUGAAGAGUCGUGAAGAAAUUGAGAAAGGAGUCACAGAUGGUAUAACACUACCUGGUUUGGGUCAUCAAAUAUUAUCAAAGGAAUUAGUUGAUGAGACUUUUAUCAUAUCAAAUAUGUAUGACUUGAAUGAGUUUAUGGCAUUGGAUCUUCUCUGUACUGCUCAACUUCAAAUGCCACAUCAUCCUGGAUUAACACGUGGUUUAACAGCUAUUCUUCUGUAUUACGAUGGAAGGAAAGCACUGACAUCAGUAUUAAGGACUUUGGUGCAUACUCGCAUUGGUCAUAGUUGGGCAGUAGAUGCACCAGUUGCGCUCACAAGACAUAUUACAGACUAUACGAAUAAGUUGCAAGAAGAUGGCCUAUUGAAUAGAAUUUUGUCUUUAUUAGAAGAAAUGGAUCCUACUAAGGAACAAGAUCUACUGCAACAAAAUAGAGCUUUAGGUGGAGCAAAACAUCAUCAAAUGGUUAUGAAAUUAUACAAUGACACACGACAAGAUUUAGCUGAUAUUUUGUACUUAUGGUCUGCUCAAUCGUCUCUACCGAACACAAUUCUAUUUCGUCUACUAUCUAUACUGCAAACUCGCCAAGUUGAAUCUGAAGCAGGCGAAGGAGGACCUGACAAAGUUACACUUGCACUCAUUAUGGCUGUUUUGAAUGCCCUGAACUUCAGCUUUUUACACAGUCGUGAAAACGGCGAAGAAUUAAUUAGUUCAAUGCCGCUAAUAACAGAGAGGGAAACUUUGGAAGAAUUGAAUCAAAAAUUAAUAUCGACCAAUAUAAAUUGGGAAAGUGCUGGAUUGCGAGGAGUAAUACAGUUUGUUUUGGCAAUAGCUGUGAUUACAAUUAAAACAACUAGCACUCAGUACCAGACACAGAACAUCACUACAGAAGAUGAAAUACUGAUAGAAGCAGCCUUAGCUAACAAAGCUUUUCAUUUUAUGGCUGAGGUUUUGUUCAAGAGUAGUUGCAUUUAUCAAGAAGAAUUUUACGUUCGCUAUUUUCACACGCUUAUCUCCGAUUUCAUAUUAUUAAUGCCAGUCAAAGUCAAAGAGUUGCGCAGUCGCGCCGAUGAAUCCAUGCGUUUGAUCCAAGCGUUUCAGCAAGAAGGCAUCGAACCUCCGAUGAAUCUAGAUAAUCACUUUGAAUAUUUGAUGCUGAUGGUGGCGGAACUGUAUAAGAAAGAUCCGUUAAAAUUAAAUUUAGCUAUGGAUUAUUGGUGCCAUCAUACUGAUACAACUCAUGUAUCAGCUCCUGCGUACAUCAGCCGUUUGCCCUCUAGACAAGUUGCCCUGUUUAAAUUUGUGCGACUCGCCGGAGAGAUAUUGCCAGCAGGUAUAUUUGUUCCGUAUAUGAAGAUGAUUGCAUCUCUCGCCUCAUCGCCACAAGCUGCUAGACACGCGUUCAACUUUUUUAAACCCAAUGGAUCAACCGGUUCAGCAACGAUUUCAUGGGAUCAUUUCUUCAAUUCCUUAAGCCGAUAUUAUUACAAUUUAAGACAAGAAUUACCUCCUAGUCAAGAUACAGUGUAUAGGCAAAGAUGUCAUCCAAAGGGAAUCAUGCCUCAGGAGGUCAAGGGUCUGGAAGCAGUAUUAUUGGUCGUCCAAGUGAUAGCCAGGAACGAUGAAAUGUCAAGAGUUGCAAUAUGCGAUCAUCCGAGCUGGAAAGUUUUGCCGUCUUUGAUCGGCUUGGUCAGCUGCGCAAUGCCGAUACCGCUGAAGGGUGUGCUAGUGAGAACUCUCGCGGCGCUGGCCAAAUCUCCCGAAAGUUCUUCCACUGUUUGGCAGAGUUUGGAGGCGGCGCAAAUCCUCUCCACUAUACCAACAACGAGCAGUUAUCAGCCGAGAGGCGUGCAAACGGAACUGGAAGAGAUCGAAUCCAGGAACGAGGAGUAUCCGUUGACACGCGCCGUGUUAGAACUAUUAGAUGUGCUCACGAAUUUCCCAAUACCACGCCUGUUGGGCGUGGGCCAGCGAAAUCCAGGAUUCGAUCCGUAUUUACACUUCAUCAUUAAUACCGUCUUUCUGAGAUUCCACACUCGCUCGUAUAAAAAUCCCGCCGAGAAGUGGGAGGUAGCGGAAGCGUGCUUGAAGAUAUUCUCGAAGUUGAUAAAGCAGUACGAGCCAAACGUCGAAGAUUUCGUGGGCUGUAAAGUUGAGUUGCAAGGCGGCGAUUCUACUUUGGUCAAUUCGGCCCCGGGAUAUCAUCUGAUGACUCAAUUGCACACCGCUUCCGAGUUAUUGAGUGUAAUAUUGUUGAUCCUGGACGAAGGUUGUAAACACUUCGAUACCUACGUCAGUUUUCCGGGAAAGGACUAUCUGGAGAGCUGCAGUCUUCAUUGCUUGGAGAUAUUGGAGCGUGGAUUGAAAAUGCAAAACAAUUACAUGAUGCAGUUGACCGCCAUACCAACCGUGAAUAAAAUUACGACCGGAUUGUCGCGUCUGCUGCUCGGAGUAAAUCCUCGCACGGGCAAACCCGAUCACAUGAUUAACAUCGUGAAAUACGUAUCCUACAACUCGUGGCUGCCGAAGCAGGCUUUUGUGGCUGUUAGCGUUAUUCACAGCGUGACUAACGAACCCGGAGCAGAUUCCGAGUUGUUGUCAACGUUCACGGCGACUUCCACUUUGACGACGAAUAUCAGACAUGGCUUUGUCGAGUGCCUAGACGCGGAUAAUAUCUCGGAGGAUGACGACGAGGCAGCUGGCGAGCAGGGCAGGCAACAAAUCGGAAAUUGCAAAGAAAGAAUUCUGCUCUUCAUGAUGCACAGUAUUACGCGACCCGCGCCCAAUCUCGCGCAUUAUUUACUUGGCUUUGAGAUAACUAAAGACAUCAGGAAGACUGUGAUCCAGCAACCGGGAAUCCUGGGAUUCCCACGCACUUGUCUGCACUCCAUCUUGGGCAUUUUAGAGCAAUCUCUCGACCGCGGUCGCGACAAGAUAACCGAAGCCUGCUACUGCUAUCUUCACACACUGGCAGCUAAUAGCAAAACGUCGACACCUGUUCUCAGAUUUCUACGUACCACGAGCAAUCAGGAUUUCGUGCAGAGGCAUCUCUCAAAAUUACCAUUUCAAGGACCAAACAGAUCGACCGAGCUCGGCUGUAUGUCUUGGUUACUGAAAAUAGCAGCUAUCGAGUUGCGAGUCGCUGGAGGUAGUCUACAGACGUCCCUGAUUCAACGACUGGUGGGAAAUUUCAAUCAGGACAAAGACCAGAUUGCACCGUCGCAGAAGCUUCUCAUGGAUCUCUUGCAUUACAUCGACUUCCAGUUGUACCUGGAGCCUGCAAAGUCUUGGGAAUUCUUUGAUCCGUCGCAGAUUGAAAUGGUUUUGGGCAAGUGCAGCACUCCAGUCGCGUUAAUGGGCGGUCCACGGCUCAUUGACAUUAGAAAACUGCAUUCUCUCAUCACCGAGGAACUGACAGUCACGCAGAGCAGCGCAACCGCCACCCAACGCAAGCUCAUGCAGCAAGAAGUAAAAUCUAUACUUGCACACGCAUUGAAGAAGAAUCAGACCAAGGUUCUGUCUUACGCGACCGUUAAAUUCGUGGAGGGCUGGUGCCAAACUACGGAGAUACUUUUCUCCGUCGCGACCAAUCAACAACUACCAGCGGCUCAAAGGCAAAAUCUCCUGUUGAACUUGUCCCACGACUUGCUGCAGAAGAUGACAUCUUGCGAAGCCCUGAGCGAGAUCAAGACGCUAGUAUCCGGCACUGUCUUAAUGCUGUUGGUGAACUUGCGAAACAGUUUCGUGAUUCAGUCGGACGAGUUGAUGCCGUCGUCGCCGUCAAACACAACGAUGAUGAAGAUUAUUCUAAGUCACAUUUUACAAUGGAUCAUAAGCGCCGGCGCUUCCUCGCAGAAAGUCGUGACGCAUCUUUACGCGGCCUUGUUGAACUUCUUGAGUAUCGUCGGCUUGGAAAAGUCCGAGUACAUAAGCGCGAUCGACUCAAUGUACAUCAGCCAACUGGACAGUUCGCUGAACAGGCUCAUGCCUGUGCAGGAACGCUCGCAACGUUACGCGACGAUUCAAGUCAUCAACAGCUUCGGAAAUCAGCUGAUGGAUAUUUUGUGCCACAAUUGCUCAGGUGGACACGAUGUGUGCAAAAUGCUUGCGUUGUCCUGCCUAGACAAGAUCUUGGAAUUGGAUUGCGAAAAUGCGUGGAUGAUCUACUUGGCGAGUAGAGGCUACUUGAAGCAUAUGAUAGACAGCCUAUUGGAAUCCGACAAUCUGUUGCGGUGUAUGCUGCAACCGGAACCGCAGACGCUGCGACCUUUGUACCUGUAUGAGGCGAAGAUGGCAAUUUUCUGCAGAAUGGCAUCGACGAGACUGGGUGCCGAGAGUCUCUUGGAGAAUAAGAUUUUAUCUUGCAUGUCAAGUAUGUGCGUGUUCGAUCAACAUCCUGACGUGCACAUCGGUUUCGAAGGUGGCGACUACUCGUUUAUACCGUCGGUGGGACAACGCUAUCAACAAAUUUUCUUGCCAGCUUUAUACCUCUGCGACGCUCUCUUCACCACGCUGGGAACGGAAAAUCAAUCCUGUGCCGUGCAAGUCUGCGGAUUUCUACAAAGUCACAGAGAUACCGUAGAAAUGGCUCUAAGAAAUGCAUUCUCGCACGCUAAUGUGCUUUUCUUGAAGGAGAUUGCAUGUCUCACCGGUGUUAUAUCCAGAUCCGCUAAUAUAGAUAUGUACAAACUCGUGGAUGAGGAAUUGGCGAAGACAAAUAUUGAUGAUUAUAAAUUGGAGAAUAGUACUGGAAUGAGGGAAUUGCGAGCUCAUUUGUACCGGCUGCAAAAAUUGAUGCUGUCGUUGUUGCACAAAUUCCAAUUGCAAUCGAUUCCGAUGAAUCAUAAUUACCAGCAGGCUGAAGCAAACCAACAAUAUCUUGCUUGUAUACAGAUAGUCGCCAACAUCAUGUUAUAUACACGUAAUCAAAUGCAACAUAGCCGUAUGGAUCAGAAAAUACGAAAUGUAUUAUUCGAUCCUCAUUUAACGCUGAAACCUGGAGGACGGCAAGACAAAAUAAAAGAUAUCUCUGGUGGAGUGCAUUUGGGCACAAUAGUCGAACAAUUAGUUUCUGUAACAAAUUUGCUACACACUGAAUUACCUCACCUCGACUCCUUAAUAAAGAAAACGCAAGUGGUAGCCGACAUGAGCACAGCGGAAUUAAAGAAAUAUAUGUCUGAUAACGAGGUGGAACUCGAUAUAGGAAAGCAACGACUGCUUGUCGAACAACGAUUGAAUCGUUGGGUAAAGGAUAAGCGACAAAGCAUAAAAUAUUGCUCUCUUAUAAUAGAGCAUACUUUAUAUAUUCUUUGGAGUCAUAUAGACUUUUACACUAUGCAAGUGAUAUCACGGCAAACCCAAAGAAUGCACGUGUCUUCAAGUGGCAUCGACGACAGUAUGAUAGAGUGGAAGGUCUCGUCAGAAACAUUAAUGGAAUUAAAACAAGGACUUGUUUCUACAUUUACAGAUGCUUUUAUUACACAAUUACUGGACACAACACAUAGCGAAUAUGCAACAGUAGAUCGUAGCUUUAUCGAAGCUCUUAUAAGACGAAUUAAAAGACUAUUACAGUUUAUAAUUAUUAAGUAAUGAAGAUUAAUUGUAACAAUUGUAAUCACGUACAUAGUUUCAAUUUUUAAAUGCGGAUCCCAUUUUAUCUUAAAAUUGAAACUAUAUAUAUGAAAUUAUUCACUUUC